AUGUUUGGAACAAAUCUUUUUUCACUUAAACUCCUGAUCUUAUCAGCGUGUUUCUUGACCUUCGUGUCUUCGCGAGCACCUGAUUUCCAUUCGCAUCCCGAAUUUCGUGAUUCAGAGCCUUUGAAAAAAAAUCACGAAGCUGAGUUCAACACGGAUUAUUGGAAAACUGUCGGUUCAAAGGUUCUCGAGGAAAAUCUCAAAAAGCAAAAGACCCAAAAAAUUGCAAAAAAUAUCAUUUUAUUCCUCGGCGAUGGUUUGGGAGUUCAAACAACUUCCGCAACUCGUUCAUAUGUCGGAGAUCCAAGCAUCAGCUUGGCUUAUGAAGACUUCCCUUAUGUUGGCAUGUCGAAAACUUAUUGCGUUGAUAGACAAACUGCUGAUUCCGCAUGUUCAGCGACAGCUUAUUUGUGCGGCGUAAAAGCCAAUUACGAAACAAUCGGGUUAAAUGCAAAAGUUCAGAACAAAGAUUGCAAAGCUGGGCAAUUGGAGGAAAAUAGAACGCCAUCUAUUGCGAAAUGGGCAAUGGAUGCAGGUAAAGCAGCGGGAUUGGUGACAACGACGAGAGUAACUCACGCGUCGCCGACGGGCGUUUAUGGUCAUAUCGCAUUCCGUGAUUGGGAAAACGACGAAGAAGUAAAAAAAUCUGGAUGUGAUCCAAAAACCACAGACGAUAUCGCUGAACAGCUCAUUCGAGACGAGGUUGGAUCAAAACUUCGUGUCAUUAUGGGCGGCGGAAGGUACAAUUUCCGCCCAGUAGAGUCUAUGGACGAAGAAGGAAAGCCAGGUAAACGUCUCGAUGGCGUCGAUUUGAUCGAAGAAUGGAAAAAAUCCAAAAACGGUAAAGGAAAUUACGUUUGGAAUCGUCAAGAUCUCUUAAAAAUCAAUGCCACAAACACUACUACCGUUCUUGGGCUCUUCGAGGAUGGGCAUACUUUGUACAAUUUAGAAACUAUUCAAUUAGGGCGUCAAGAUUUCGAACCAACUUUAACUGAAAUGGUCGACAAAGCCAUCGACGUUUUAAGUACCGAGGAAAAAGGUUACUUUUUGUUCGUCGAAGGCGGGCGAAUCGAUCAUGCUCAUCACGAAAAUCAAGCGAAACUGUCUUUGGAUGAAACGAAGGAGUUUGCCAAAGCGAUUCAAAUGACAAAAGAAAAAGUUGACUUGGAAGAAACUUUGAUCGUAGUUACUGCCGAUCACUCUCAUGCCUUUAGUUACGGCGGAUAUCCCGGAAGAGACGUCGAUAUUUUAGGCACAAAUGGACAAACCGCAAAUGAUGGCAUGGAAUCUUUUAUCUUGAGUUAUGCCAAUGGAAUGGGAUCUUAUGAGCACGUGAAGAAGGAAGGAGGGCGCGUUGAUCCAAAAUCUUUCGCGAAACCAAUUUUCUUCCAAUAUCCGGGAAUGAUUCCAAAUGAGCUCGAAACGCAUGGCGGCGAAGAUGUUGGCGUUUAUGCGAUUGGGCCAUGGUCUCAUUUGUUCACGGGCAAUUUCCAACAAUUCACGAUUCCGCAUAUGAUGGCGUAUGCAGCUUGUAUUGGGAACGGAUUAAAAGCUUGUGAUGACGAUAAAUAAUCUUAUCUCUGUUAUUUGAUUUUUUUUAUUGCUUAAUAAAAUUUUUUUGUGUGGAUUAUCAAAUUCAAUAUCAAAUUGAUCAUUCGAUUCGAGUAAGUAUUUUAUUACUCAAUUUAUCGAAAUUUAAUCUCAAGGCAUUCCCAAAACUCGAGUUCAGAGGCUAAAACUUAAACCCCAAUUUUUUUUUAAUUUU